GGGCGCGCACGUUGCCAUGGCGAAGCGUCACUAUGACACCGGUAGCAGAAGGCGAGGCGCGGAUUCAGAGAUUUCACCAACUCCUUCAGUAAAGCAUAUAUUCCUCUUCAAAAGCUACAAUCUCCGCCAUAAUCGACCUCAGAUGCUGUUUGAUUACAGGACAGACGACCAAAACAACCGCCUGUUUACCGUAUCGAAUAAGGAUUUGCUAAUCGUUUGGCGUCGUCUCUACAGUAGAGUGUGUUGUGUGUUGUCCUAGUUGCACGAUAUAAUCCCUAGCCAGCUAGCUCAUGUAGCUGGCUAGCGAGUUUGCGAGCCGUUAAUCGAGCCACGUUAUGAAGAAACUGACUGUAUAGAUAUGGAUACUUAGAAGGGAAGAAACUGGGAGAGACAUGGACUUGCAUGGGGAUAAUCAGGAAUCAGAGCACAGCCGAUUGUCUCACCACAGUGAUGGGAAGAUCUCGGAAUCUCCUUUUCGAUCUGGAAAACUGGAGAAAUACCGGAAAGACACUGAAAGCUCGGUUGGGGAUCAUGCACGAACCAGAACGCGAGAGCCGGCCGGAGACCCAGACCGGGAUCAGUGUUCGGAUGGAGAGCGUAGCAGUCCCUCUUUCUACUCGGAUGAUUAUGAAAACGUCUCACACUCAGAUCGGUCUCUCUCGCCAUCAGCCUCUCCAUCUCCACAAAGAAGAGGGAGGUCUAGGAGAGUGUCCAGCAGCCCCUUACAUCGAGCAGGUGUACUUAAAGGUGUGUCACGCCGUCUCCCGCCCCACUCCCAUCAUCCUCAGCAGCGGUCAGUAGGCAUCCGAUCCCAAACUUUGAGUAAAGACACUCCAUCCAAAGAAGUGGACCCGGUCACCAAACGCAUGCUGUCUGCACGUCUGCUAAAGAUCAACGAGUUGAAGAACGCUUUGUCUGAGCUGAGGCUGCAUGCAGACGAGUUGCAGCGUGAGAACCGUUUACUGCGACAGAUGCAGCUGCGGCAAGAGAAAGCUCUGCAUCGCUACAAUGACACAGAGAGCGAGAUCUCGCAGCUGUUGUCUCGUCACAACAAUGAGACUCAUGUAUUGCGUGAGAGGCUGAGACGCAGUCAAGAGAACCAGCGCACAGCUGAGCGCAGCCUCAGGGAAACGGACGCCCAGCUCCAGCGCUGUCGUAGCCAGCUGCAGAAACUGCAGCAACUCGCAGAUGACCAGAAUCUUGGAGAAAGGGAGGAACUCUCACGAAAACUAACGUACACUCAAGGCAAAUUGCAAGAAAGUGAACGCAGAGUGAAGGAAUUGGAGAAGAACAUGGAGCUGAGUAGUGGGAGCUUUCAGAGGCAGCUAGCUAAUGAGAGGAAGAGAACUCAUGAUUCACAACAGGAAGUUAAAGCACUACAGGAGGAAAUGGAGAGGCUUUGCACUAAACUAAAGGAGAAAGAAAAGGAACUGGAUGCUCGGAACAUCUACGCUAACAGGAUGCUGAAAGCUUCUUCCAGAAAAGAAGCUGAGAAUGGCAGCAAGCGAAAAGUCUCCAAUACAACCAGCACUAAAUCAGUACAGACAGAGGACAGGGCGUCCUCACUGUACUUCCCAUCACCACCUCCAGCUCUUACCAACGAACUCCCACCUGACGACCAGACCGAUGAUUACCUCUCUCUGAAGGUUCAAAAGCCUACAGUGAAUCACAGGGUAAAAAAGCAGAACCAGCAAGGCAGGGAGCAGAGACCAAGAGAAACAAAAGAAUGGAAGAUUCAAGAGUUUUGGAGGGAAAGAGAGAAAGAAAGAGACAUGGAAUCUGAGAUGGUACGAACAAGGGAGAAGGAGAGAAAAGAAGAGGCAAUGCAUGACAGAGAAAGAGAAAUGGAGCUGCUGAAAGACAAGGAGAGGCAAAGACUAGAUCAACAGCAGAGCUCAAAUGAGAAGAACUCAAAGGGAAACAGAGGCCUGGACAGAAAGGAAGAAGAUUGGAAGAGGAUUGGCCUGUCUGUAUCUCAAAAGGAGGACGAGAGCCGGAAGCAGCGUGAACUGGAAGAGGAACAACUUAAAGCAAGAAAUCUGGAGAUCCAGGCCGUCAAUCAAGAGAGUGCAGAAGAGGAACGUCAGCACAAAGAGCAGCUACUGGCUAAGAUGCGUGAGAUCAACAUGCAGACUCAAGGUCAGGACUCUGACUUCUUUUCCGAUGACACAGGAAGUCUCCGCUCUCCUCCGCGGUUGUCCGAGCAACGGAACCACAACGGUAUUUUCAAAUUCACAGAACCAGAAGAGAACACAAACACAUUGGCGAGUGGGAGAAGAGCGGGUGGUCCCCGAUCACAUGGACCAAGUGAGGAUAUUGAUCUUGCUUUUGGCAGCUACGCCCCUUCUUUUGGUAAAUCUGCCCCCCGUGCUGGUUUAGGUGCACGCAAUGCAAAUCAGCCACCUCGAGAACUAGAUGAAGGGCUGGAUCUGGGUGGCCUGGUCAAAGAAAGGAAGUCUAACCUCAUGCAGCAGCUUUUUGGUGCCUCAGCCACACCACCUCCUUCAGAUCCAUCCAGCAAGAUGGAGAUCCUAAGCCCCCCUCUAACAAGUCAGUUCUCAUCAGGACCAGUAGGUGGACGCAGGAGGGACACAGACACACCGAAUGUACUAAACAUCAGUUCUCUCCCCAACAAUAGGAGCACUCUGCAUGUCUCUGAGAGCCGACCUGCGGUCAGGGCCAUUACGUCAUUUGAUGAUGACAUAGAAGAAGUCACACUCUGAAUAGGGCACUUUUAUAGCCAAUACGAAAGAAUCAGUUUUUUGAAAACACAAGGAAAGAAUCCAGAAACGUCUGAUAUUUUGUUCUGAGCUCCCUUAUGAAGUAAUCGCUGAUUAAACAAUGCUUAGUUUGCUAAUAUGCCUCUGUUUUCUAACACUUCCGGCAAAAUCACAGAGGAAGACUUUUUCAGUGAUACUUUUUUCAUGGUUAGGUUUGCAAAGGGUCCAAUAUUAACACUCACUGCACACUAAAGGCUGUAAAAGCAUGGAAGGGAGUGGAAAGUUCUGUGGAUGAGCUACUGACAAUGCGCAAAUUAAAGAACACCGACGCAUCCAGAUCCAUAAUGACCAAAGUAUUCUACCAAGAGCUGCGCCAGUUAGCAACUAUGGCUGCCAUGUCAGAUGCAAAAUGUGUUAAUUGGUGGCAAAUAGUGGUAAACUUGACUUCCGCAAACCUUAAGAAAUCGCAUUGUAUGAUAUAUUUAAAUACUCCCCUCCUAUAAAUUUUGCAUCUGAAAGGGAGAUUCCUACAAAUGCAUAUACUUCACAGUAAUUUCUUUUCACACCAACUGAGGGUUUGCGCUGGCGCAAGCUUUUAGCAAAUCUGGCCCUAAAUGUAAAAAAUGUCACCUGUAGGCAAGUAACUUUUAAGGAACCACAGUGUAAUAGAUGGUUUAAGUCAAACUGUAAGAAUGACAAUCUAACCCUUGCUGAUGUAAUCAAAAAGAGUGAUUCAUAUCAAGAAUGUACGACCCGUCAAAUAGGGAAAACAUCCAUUGUGACUUGCACGUCGUCUAAACAACUUAUACCUCAGUGGAAAAUUCUGAAGUUUAUCAGAGACGCUUAAAGGGAUUUAGGUACUUGUUUUUUGUCAAAAAUCUGACACAUAGUGGCCUUGCUGGUCAUGCUUUUGUUUUGGUGGCUACAAGUUUAGAAAAUUGUGGGUGGCAAAAAAAUCAGGUAUUUUGUUUAAUAAAAAUAAUUCAUAAAACACUUUCAUGUUGAGUAAGUAAUAUUUAAGGACUAUAAAACUUUACAUUGAGCCCUUGAUCGGUGUGGGAGACCAGGUCAUUUUGGACUUUUCCUCUGUGUUUUUAUUGCUGAGAAACCCCCUUGCAUACCACAUGGAAAGAAGUUAAAGUUAAUGUUGUAUUUGGAUUUUCUCACCAUUUUACAAGAACGUUAUAAUUAGAGCUAGAGGGUGGUAUGCAUUAGCUGAUAGUCUUGUGUAAGAUUCAGUUCAUGGGUUUGUCUGAAAGGAAGAGCUCUGCACUUUCAGUACUGAUAUGAGUGUGACAGAGCUUUGCCCUCUCAAGAGAGCUACUCUGCGUCUUCUCCCACACAGCACUUUUAGUCUCUCUCCCCUUCUCUCAUUUUAGAUAAAUGUUAAAUGUAAAGUUUGCAGUUUAUAGAUGAAACAAUGAGGCAAAUUCUCAAAUUAUAUCUAUACAGAACACCCAAAAAUAUGGGCAGUUACAAAUGUGUGAAUUUCUUUGCAUUAGAUAGCAAAAUAUCUAACCAAGUGGCAUUUUCUCAAAUCUAACAAACCGGUCCCAAUUUGAGAUUCUGUUGUACUAUUUAACAUAUUGAAAAUUGAACUUGUGCUGAUAAAUGGCUCUUGGUUUGAUAUUUUAUUAUUUAAUACAGUGAUUCUAUGUGUGGUACGUUUACACAUAUUUUUGGGGGCCACUGUAUAUGUUUUUGUUUAUGUUACGCGGUAUGGUCCGUUUUACUUUAACCAUUUAGUAACCAGAAAACUCUGAAGUAAUUUGACUUGCACUUGAAUUCUCAGCUAAUGCAGUGUCUUUGUUGGUCUGCUUUCCCAUAAUGAGUUUUCAUUUUUAUAAAUGCGGGGUUAUCUGUGAGAAUGUUUCAAGUGGUUGUGUUACAUUUUUUUUGUGUAAUUAGAAUAUAUGUUUUGCUCGAUCCAAACAUUUCAGGGUUUCUCAAGUACUGAGACAUCUGUUGUGAAAUACUAGAAAUAAUGUGGUUGAUGUUACUAAUCGUGACUUUUUAAUGAGGGAUGUCACAAUUUAUACAUGGACUUAAAGCGGAGAUAGAUUUACAUUUGAAAUAUACUGUAAACACGAAUCAAAUACUUAACUACGUUUCAUUUUUAAAAGACUCCCAGACUUUUCAUCUCAUGGCCACCAUUACUCAACUUUUUUAAAAGAACAAAAUCUGGCAAUAAUCUAGAAAUUCUCACUGCAAACUGACUGAGAUCUAUAAAUUGCUAUGCUUUUAAUGGUGAUCCAUCAGUUUUCCAAAGCACUGUAGCAUGUUACUGUAGCGCUAAAAUGGUUCAUUGUGAAAGCAAAUUCUAUUAUUUAUGAUAAUACAAUGGCUUGAGGUUGAUUUUGUGCAUGUUUUUUGUUUGUUAUCUGACUUUGUACUGUAUAGUAGAUUUUGAAAUAGUGAUCCUCUGAUCAUUCAAAUACAGUUUUUAUGGUUAAA